AUGGAAUUCCUCAAGCGAUUACCGCCGAUCAAGGUACUGUUUUUACCAAUGAUAGAGUGGCCGCCUUUUUCCGCACAGUACGGGAUUUAUCUUUUGCAUUCAUCCCCGUAUUAUGCGCAAACAAAUGGGCAGGCCGAAGCAGCCAAUAAGGCAAUCCGAAAUAAAGCCACUGGUUGCACCCCAUUCCAACUAGUCUCUGGGCAAGAAGCGAUAUUGCCAUUGGAAAUAACGGUAUCAUCUUUACGAGUGUUGAAGCAGAAUUUGCUCAAUCCCGAGCAAUAUGACACAGCUAUGUUACAGAGGUUGGAUGACGUACAUGAAGAUCGGAUGAUGGCCUUGGAGAAUAUACGAAUGAAUAAAGCGAAAGUAGCACGAGCUUACAAAAAAAAGGCACGUCGGCGAGCAUUCCACGAAGGAGAUUUGGUACGGAAGGCAGUGUUACCCGAAGGAUUCAAAGAUAAUACGUUUGGGAAGUGGUCUCCUAUGUGGGAAGGUCCAUAUCAAGUGAGUAAAGUGUUGCCUAACGGUGCUUAUAGAUUGAUGAGUAUUGAUGGGAUGGAACAUAGAAAUUUUAUCAAUGCUAAGCACCUUAAGGGGUACAUGUCGCCACUUGAGUUCUAA